CUCCAUUUGGAAAUGUCUGACCAAGAAGAAGGCGAAGUUAUUGAUAAUAGGGGGAGUAUUCAGAAGGGAAUAGAAAAAUCGGUCAAAAAUAAAUCAAGUAAAAAGAGUGAGAAGAGAAAGAAGAAUAGGCAGAACAAGUCAAGGGCAAAUGGUGAUGAACAAAAUGACUCUGUCACUAACUCUUCUGAUGAUUUUAACUUCGGUGAACUCAAGAUGCAAGGGCACAAAAAGAGCAAGAAGAAGAGUAGAGCACGUCCUGAAGAAGAUGGCUAUGGGCCAUCCAAAAGAGACCCUUACAGCUCAUAUAGACCCAGUAAGAAGUCUAAGAACACCUAUCACCAGCAAGGAGUUGAAGAAAUAGGGGAGCAAUAUCAAGUAUCAGCAUCCAAGCAGAUGCCUCAUAAGAAAAGAGACAAGAAAGCCUUUGAGAAAGAUAUGGAAAUUCCUAAAUCUAAUGAGCUAUGAAAAUUCUUCAAAACUGGAUCAUGCCAGAAAGGAGACGACUGCCCCUUUUCUCACAACUUGAGGCAUCAUCCUUGUAAAUUCAUUCAUGCAACAGGAACGUGCAAAAAUGGUGAGAAUUGAGAGUUUUCCCAUCAAAGGCUAGAGCAAUAUGAAAUUAUGCCAUUUAUUGAAGAAAAUGAAGAGUUUCUAGACCAAGUUAAUAGUGAUCGCGGAACUACGAAUCUGGGCAUAUAUUACAACCAAUUUAAGAUGGAGAAGGAGAAAAGAAAGCGAGACAAGUUCAGAGAAGAAAUCGAGGCUCAAGUCAAGAAUCUUGCCCUACCAGAUGAAAUGAAGAGAGACUUGGUCAUUAAGAAGGUUGAAGCGAUGUUCCCUAAUAAUAGGACUCGUGACAACCAUAAUUUAGAACCUCACCCUCACAAUAAUCAACAAAUGUUUGACAAUUUUAAUGGAGUUCAAAGAAUGCCAAUAGGCAACCCAAACCAAGAUAUGAGAUUUAAUAUGAGAAUCAAUGAUAAUGGCAUGCAGAGAAAUGAUGGAAGAAUGCCAAAUACAAUGCCAAGACAGCUCCCACCUCAGAUGCAGAUGAGUAUUCAAAACCAACAUCAAAAUAUGCUAAACAAUCAAAGACUGAAACAUGCUCAAAAUCAGAUAGGUAUCCCAAUGCCAGGAAAACUACCUCCUCAGAUUGAAAACCAAAUGAGAACCCAAGUGCCAAGAAUGGAUAUUCCUGGAGGACAUAUGCCAUUAAUCCCUUCCAACAACCAAGGCCGGCCAGAAAUCCAACACAGGGGUAGAAAUUUCACAAAUUCCAGAGACAACCUAGCUCCCACCACCAUCUCCAGAAACCCAUAUAACUCACCAAGAAUGUCUCAAAACCCUCGAGGACAUCCUCAGAACCAAUUCUCCCACUCUCCAUCACGCCUACACAAAGAACCCCACCAACCCCAAAGAGAAAGAGGUUCCAUAAACCCUCGUAACUUCCCCCAAACCACCCUCCAGCACCACAAAAUUAACCAAAACCCUAGCCCUUCAGAUGACUUCCAAGAUGAAAAUUUCUUCCCAAAGAACAGCCAGAAAGUAGAGUUCAAGGACCAGACAGAUGAGAUAAAGGAACUUGUCAGAUUAGGUAUACUUCCUGAAGAUUAUGAAAACAUAUCAGUAUCCGACGAUUCAGAUUAGUAAUGAUAAGAGUUGUUAAUU